AUGAUAGAAAUAAACAAUAUCAAUAAUAUAAUCAGAGGAAGCGGUAGCAAUGAUUCAAAUGGUAUCACAAGUCGAAAUGACUACAACAAAAAUAUUAUUAAUGUAGCGGAUCUUGGUGAACGAAUCGUGUUGAACGUUGGUGGGAUCAAGUAUGAAACCUAUCGAUCAACAUUAACAGCUUAUCCGGACUCUUUAUUGGGAACAAUGUUUGCUGAACGCAAUAAAGCUCUUCUUCACCAAACAAACAAUAAUGAAUAUUUCAUUGAUAGAAAUGGUCACGCAUUUUACUAUAUUCUCGAAUUCUAUCGAACUGGAAAAAUUUUGUGGCGUGAACACUCUCAUUCAUUUUUGUUUCCGCCUUCAACAAUAUCUUAUUCGUCGUCUUCGUCGUCAGAUACUUCAUCCUCGUCCCCUUCCUCUUCACCACCGAAAUCAUUACCCCUCACAUCACCAAUCACAACUUCAAUAUCACACGUGACACAUCAAGAACUGGCCGAAGAAAUGCAUUACUUUCAACUCCCGGUAAAAAGCAUUUACACAUCCCUUCCAAACCGCGCCGCAGCUGCAAAAGUAGAUUCAUUUAUCCACGCGUUGCAAUCCGUAAUCUAUCAUCUUACUUCGGAAUUUACAGCAAAAAUACAAAUCGAUUUUCGUCGUAUUAAACAUCCACCACACGUGAAAAUCGAGAAUAAUUCAUCGACCGAACUAUAUGAUUGCGUGAAUGGAAUUGUGAAACCAUAUGGAGCAGUCGGAUACAAGAUUUUAGAGAAAUUUGGCGCGGAGAUUGGUAGCUACUUGAUGGGCUUGGUGCCAGAAUUGAAAUGGGAAUUGAAACAUGUUGACAAUUAUAAUUGGUAUUCGUUAGUGAUGUGUAUAGAUGAUGAAGCGUUUGAUUUUGACGGAAUUCGUGAAA